ACAUGGCGCUAAGCACUGUUAUUUUCAAUUUUAAGCUCAAAGUGGAAAAAGCGCGGUACAUUAAAAAUGCCAAGUGAAAUAAUUACCCUGCAACUAGGCCAAUGCGGCAAUCAGAUUGGCUUUGAGUUUUGGAAGCGCCUGUGCCUGGAGCAUGGCAUUUCGCCGGAUGGGGUGCUUGAAGACUUUGCGGCCGACGGACACGAUCGCAAGGAUGUGUUCUUCUACCAGGCGGACGACAACCAUUAUAUACCACGUGCCGUACUUCUAGAUCUAGAACCUCGCGUCAUUCACAACAUCAUGAGCUCGCCCUAUGCCAAGCUAUACAAUCCGGAGAACGUCUACUUGUCCAAGCAUGGUGGCGGUGCUGGCAACAACUGGGCUUCUGGCUUCAGCCAAGGGGAAAAGGUGCAGGAGGAGGUGUUCGACAUAAUUGAUCGGGAGGCCGAUGGUAGCGACUCGCUCGAGGGCUUUGUGCUGUGCCACUCCAUAGCCGGCGGCACAGGCUCAGGCAUGGGGUCCUACGUGCUCGAACGCCUGUCCGACCGAUUUCCGAAGAAGCUCAUUCAGACGUACAGCGUUUUCCCCAAUCAGGACGAGAUCAGCGAUGUUGUUGUGCAGCCGUACAAUUCGAUACUCACCCUAAAGCGGCUGACAAAGUGCGCAGACUGUGUCGUGGUGCUAGACAACACGGCCUUGAACCGUAUAGCCACCGAGCGGCUUCACAUACAAACGCCCACAUUCACCCAGAUCAACAACCUGGUGUCUACUAUCAUGAGCGUUAGCACAACCACCUUGCGCUAUCCCUCCUACAUGAACAACAAUCUGAUUGGUCUGACGGCGCCGUUAAUUCCUACGCCGCAGCUUCACUUCCUCAUGACGGGCUACACGCCGCUGAUCACAGACCUCGAGACCAAGACAAAUGUGCGCAGGACAACUGUUUUGGAUGUGAUGCGCCGCUUGCUGCAGCCGAAGAACAUGAUGGUGUCAUCCACCGCCGACAAGCGACACUGUUACAUCUCCAUAUUAAACAUUAUACAGGGCGAGGUGGAUCCCACGCAGGUGCACAAGUCACUGCAGCGAAUACGAGAGCGCAAGCUGGCGCAGUUUAUACCCUGGGGCCCGGCUAGCAUUCAGGUAGCGCUAUCACGUAGCUCGCCCUACGUCCAGACAGCGCACAAAGUGUCCGGCCUGAUGAUGGCCAAUCACACGGGCGUAAGUGCUCUCUUCAAUCGUGCUCUGGCCCAGUAUGACAAGCUGAAGAAGCGCAACGCCUUUCUGGAUCAGUUUCGGCGGGAGCCCAUGUUUCAAGAUGAUCUGACCGAGCUGGAUUUGGCGCGCGACACGGUUGACUGCCUGGUGCAGGAGUACGAGGCAGCUACACAGAUGGACUACCGACACUGGAGUCCGCUAUCAAAUGGUGUCAAGGCGUAAGCCCUUUUAAAAAACAUCUUCUAGCGAGCUUAUAAAAUGAAUCUCAUAAUCUGUGAAGUCUAGCUUAGUAGACUGUGAUUAUCCACUAUCCUGAACCAAAUAAAAAUAGAAACUAAUUAAAAAUGUGCGCUGGUUGGCUAGAUCUGCAACCCUCAGCAGACCAGUCAUGUAAUUCCUCUAUAAAUCGUUGAAGGCUUUCUGUAGGUCUAUUUAGCAUUACUUUGGUACUGGAAUCCAACGAUCUUUCAGAAUUUGCAUAUUGUAUGAAAUAAAAGAAGUUUAUAACAAAUAAAGAAUAAACCAUCA